AUGACUUGCAAGGUUUUUCUUUUGGCCCUCGCGGUGGUCUUCCUCCACUGCGUUCGAGAUGUGGCGUCCUACCUCCCCGGGAUGAACCCAACGACCUACAAACGGGGCGACAAAGUGACGAUCAGCGUGAAGAACCUCUCCAGCCGGCGCGCGGUGACGAGCCUGGACUACUUCACCUUCCCGCUCUGCUCCGCGGACAGCGCAGGCACGGCGGGCGACGAGGCGCCCAACAUCUUCAAAAUCCUCUCGGGGGACACCCUCCACCCCACCUCCAUUCAAACGACCUUCCUCAACGACACCAAGUGUGCCUUCUACUGUAGAGUCUACGUAGACGACCAGGCCUACGAUAAGUACAAGCACCUCAUCCUCUAUAACUAUAACAUGGUGUAUUCCGUGGACAAUUUAAAUAUCUUUCGCCAGGACCCCCGGCGCAAGGGCUUCUACUACACGGGCAUCCCCGUCGGCUACAUUCAGGAUAAGAACUACCUGCUGUACACGUACUUCCAAAUCACCAUCCUGCACAACAACAGCGGGGGCCAGUCGGACCAGAACUACAUCGUGGGCUUCGAGGUGGAGCCCAAGAGCGUGAACUUCGAGCUGGAGGAGCGGUGCGAGCGGAACGAGGCGCCCAUGCAGAUGCAGAAGAACCAGUACGUGACCUUCAAGUACGACGUGACGUACGUGCGAAGCGACAAGUCCUUCCAGCACAGGUCGGAGCACUACUACAGGAAUCUAAACGACCAGAGCAUGAUACACUGGUUUUCUAUUGUUAACAGCAUUAUCCUCUUCAUCCUGCUCUGCUUCUUCAUAAGCUCCAUCCUCAUCAAGGCCCUUCACAAAGACAUUAGCAAGUACAACCGACUGAACACUAAUAUAUUUGAAACGGACGAUAUAGAUGACCGGGGAUGGAAGUUGGUGCAUGGGGAUGUCUUUAGGAAGCCCGUGAACUCUACUUUCUUUUCUGCCUUUGUGGGGGUGGGUAUACAGCUGAUAUUUAUGAUUGUGGUGUGCGCUUUGAUAUUCCUUAUUGGGGUAUAUAAGUACAAGCACAGGUACAGGUACAUCCAAGUAAUGUUUUUCAUUUGGACCUUCAUAAGCAGCAUUUCUGGCUACUCCUCCUCUAGACUGUAUAAGCUUUUUAAGAGCAAACAUGUGAAGCUGACUCUCUUUAGGACCUCUCUUAUCUACCCGGUUAUUUUGUUUCUUAUUUUUUUCCUCAUCAAUUUGGUUCUUCAUUAUGAGCAGUCGAACACGGCGAUCUCCUUCUCCUCCCUAACGUUCGUUUGCGUCCUGUGGUUUGGCAUAUCCGUGCCGCUCACGUGCUUGGGCUCCUACAUUGGCAACAAGAAGAGCCCCCUGGAGCUCCCCGUGCGCGUCAACAACAUCCCGAGGCACAUCCCGAAGCAGCCCCUCCUCAACUCCUUCUGCGUCUCCUCCCUCCUCGUGGGCCUCAUCCUCUUCGCGUCCAUGUACACGGAGCUGUUCUUCCUGUUCACCUCCCUCUGGAAGAGCAACGUGUACUACCUCUUCGGGUUCCUCUUUUUGGUGAUUUUCCUGCUCGGGCUGCUGAGCGCCCAGCUGUCCAUCGCCCUGACGUACUACUCCCUCUCCUGCGAGGACUACAACUGGUGGUGGAAGUCCUUCGUGGCCCCCGGGUCCUCCGGCCUCUUCUUCUUCCUGUAUUCAAUUUAUUACUUUUUUGUGAAGCUCAAUAUCAGCAGCUUUGCCGAGACGUUCAUUUAUUUCGCCUAUUCGUUCAUCAUGUCCUAUACGUGCUUCAUCUACACGGGCACGGCUGGCUUCCUCGCCUCCUUCGUCUUCCUCAGGAAGAUUUACUCCUCCAUAAAGAUCGACUGA